AUGACAGCAGGACAGUUCCAAGACUGGCAGACUAUUACAGAUUUUGGUCUUCUGAAAUCAUGGACUGUCGGCUGUAUCCGGGAUUCGACAUUGCUUCAUAGUAUCUUGGAUAUUCAUCCUUUCCAACAGCUAACACGACUCACCCUCGUCUUACGCCCGAGAGACGACGAAGACCUGGAAUUUUGGCGUGCUGCGGGGUCAAUGUUUAAAUCCUUGCCUCCAUUGACAUAUCUUCGUCUGUUUGGCACAUAUACGCCUGCCUUUCUUAACGGCCAGGUCCUUUCUCAGCAUGGAUCAACCCUACUUACUUUGGAAUUGGAUUCUACUAAGUUUGACCGCAAGACUAUGUACAUGCAUAGACCCAUAGGACAAAUCGGACCCAUAUUUUCGAACGAGGAUGUUGUGGAGCUGGCAGGUCAAUGCCUAUCUCUACAAAAACUAUCAAUCUGUUUUCAACGAUACCAAGGCCUUGAGACGGGUACUUGGACUGCAUUUGGCCGGUUCCCAUGCCUUAGGGAGCUCGACGUUAUUCUGAGUUGCAUACCCGAGAUGAAUGCCGAUAUGAUGCCUGUCCCACCUCGUGAACUAUCCGAGUUUGAAAAAAGCUUGAUUGUACAUCCAAGCAGGAAUAUCAGUUGUCCGAAAUGGUUUAUUCGUGAUUGCAUUAUCAACUUUGUUAUCAACGAGAGUCUGGCCAAGGAAUACUUCACACAUAUAGGCGCUUGCCAGGAUGCUGAAUGUCUUACCCAGCUGGUGAUCUAUCCUUCAAUUGACCAAUAUCAUUCUCAAACUUCGGGAGGAAGAUACUUCAUUGGCGAUCAUUUCUUCAGUGAGAUGGCUCUUAUCUGGACCGUUGAACGAAAAUUCCCAACAGGGCUCCUCGCGACAAGCAGAAAGCGUUCCAUCAAUACCCGGAUUAGGAAUGAAUUCGCAGAGGAAGCAUCAUCAUCAAUAUUGCUUUCUAUGUGA